CCAGCUCUACCCCUUCCUGGGGUGUGAGUACCAGUGUGGUCUGCGGGAUCUGUGGGUCACCCUGCGUGGCUUCCCACGUCUGUGGGUGCUGCCCGUGGAAAAGGUCCCGGGGGUUGUGGCUGUGGCGCCGGGGUGCGUCUUGCAGAUCCUGUUGGACUGCAGAGAAAAUUGGAGGGUAACUGGUACCGUUGGGGGAGCCGUGAACACUGGGCCUCCGCAUCUUUGCCAGUUUGUUUCUGCUUGUGUUUGGGGUUACUGGGCGUGCCCUUGUAUAACUGGUGGGUAUCUCUGAAUCCGUGUGUGGGAGACGUCACAAACCUGGGUGACAGGACGCCUCCUUUUCCUCUGCCCUUGUCCUGACGCUGGUGUCCUCUAAGAAAAAGUUCUGGGUUCCUGCUGGGUGAAAAGAAAGCCCUGCUCCCAGAAUUUGGGUGCCCUGAGUUUCCUUGGGCUAUGGAAGCAUCGGCAUGCUGGUCUGGGAGGGGAGUUCUUGGGCCACUCCAGGAGCUGAGUUCUGUCUGCCAAGGGGCCAAGGGAUGAGCGGGGGCCCUCCUUCCCAAUGGCAUCUCCCCCCAGCCUGGAACUGAAGACACUGCACAAUGGCCCCCAGAUCCCAAGGAGACCAGCCCCUCUGGGCCCGGUGGGCCCACCCAGGGAGGGUGUGGAGAAUGCCUGCUUUUCCUCAGAGGAGCGUGAGACCCAUUUCCAGAACCCUGGGGACACCAGACUGGGCAGCUCCCCCAGCCCCCCUGGGGGCGUCCCCUCACGACCCCGAUCCCAGCGGGACGAUCUAUCCCUGCAUUCAGAAGAGGGGCCAGGCCUGGAGCCCGUGAGCCGCCCGGUGGAUUAUGGCUUUGUUUCUGCUCUGGUUUUUCUGGUGAGUGGGAUCCUCCUGGUGGUGACUGCAUACGCCAUCCCCCGUGAGGCCCGCGUCAACCCUGACACGGUGACAGCGCGGGAGAUGGAACGACUCGAGAUGUACUAUGCCCGCCUGGGCUCCCACCUGGACAAGUGCAUCAUCGCGGGCCUGGGGCUGCUCACAGUGGGUGGCAUCCUCUUGUCAGUGCUGCUGAUGGUCUCCCUGUGCAAGGGCGAGCUGUACCGCCGGCCCACCUUCGUCCCUGGCAGGGGCUCCAGGAAGACCUAUGGCUCCAUUAACCUGCGCAUGAGACAGCUCAAUGGGGACGGGGGCCAGGCUCUGGUGGAGAACGAAGUCAUCCAGGUCUCAGAGACCAGCCACACCCUCCAGGGGUCUUAA